AUGUUGUUUUCCACAGUCUUCCUCAAGUAUGCUGCUGUCCUCCUGGCCACGCGAGCUGCCGCCCUGCCGACGACUGUGACUGGCUUUGAGCCCGAGCCUCGCCAUAUCUGUUUUGAUGAAAAUCCCAAGCUGCAUUGCUAUAAUGGAAAGAAUGACAUCCCGCAGAAUGUCGCAGCAGAAGAUGUCAGCUUCAUCGCAAGCUAUCUGCAUGCCUAUGGUCGGCAGACUAGAAUUGGUCGAUUGUUCACCAUGAAGGCGGCCGAUGCGCCUGACUGUGGAGAAUGGGUUCUGUAUUCGCGUGGCACAGCAGCAGCCUACGCCAAAAAGAUCAACAUGACAUAUGACUCGUCGAUCCUUUUUGCCGAUAUUGCAGACACCAUCGAUGGUGGCAAGAAGCCGGGGGCCGACAGCAUCCUCAAGUGCGAAGCUGAUGGUGGUUCCCUUGGUACACAGAUCGCAGAUCUGGCUGCUCCAGCGUACUUGACUAAAGAAUAUAUCGACGGCCACUUCCAGCCAGGCGGCAUUAUCAUUAAGAUCGUAUCAAACAUCGUAUCAAACAAAGAGCUUUAG